CGUCACGUGGCGAUCGGGCUACGGCGGCUGCGCGGGGCCAAAGCGAUGUAGCAAAGGCGCCUCGUUGUGAGCCUUGAGACCCUACGGUGCGCGCCGAGGGACAUCCCAGGUAUAUUGUGCCCAUUAUGCUUCUGCUUCCCUUUUAGUGGAGAUCAAGGUUAGGAAAAUAAGUGAAAUGGCAUCCAAACGGAUUAGCCAGGAAACCUUUGAUGAUGUGGUGCAGGAAAAUAUGGCCGAGUUCGGCAUGGAUCCCGAGGAGGCCGUGGCCGAAGCCGUCCAGCAAUUCGAGUCUCAAGGCGUGGAUUUGACCAACAUCGUGAAGGCGGCACCGAAUCCCACCUCUGAGGAUGGAGCGGAGCAGAAACAUGCCAUUUUACAGACGCUGGACUCCCUCCAGAAGGCCCUCCUGGACGCCUCCGACUGGGGCCGAGUGGACGAUCUGCUGGUCAGCUUGGCGAAGCAGUGCCGGGCGGAGGUGUCGGUGCGCUUCCUGGCGGGGCAGAAGGGCGCCUACCCUGCGGUGCUGGCCGCCUGCCGCCUGUCCGGGGAGGGGCGCUGCUCUCUGCGCAGGGCGCUGGGGGCGCUGGGGGCGCUGCUGGAGGGCCAGCCGGACCUGCUGGAGGCCGGCGGGAGGGAGGUGGUGCUGCGGGCGCUGCGGGAGGGCGGCCCCGAGGAAGCGGAAGAGGCCGAGUCGACCCUGGCCGCCCUGCGCUGCCUGCGCCACGCCUGCCUCAAGCACGAGCGCAACCGGCAGGAGAUGGUGGAGGCGGGCGCCCUGGGCCUGCUCACCGGCGCCAUCCUGCGACACGGGCGGCGGGCCCCGGUGGUGCGCGAGGCCUGCCUGGGCCUCAGGGUCAUGACCUUCGACGACGACAUCCGGGCGCCCUUCGGACACGCCCACCAGCACGCCAAGAGCAUCGUGGUCGACCACAACGGCCUGGCCGUGCUCAUCGAAGCCGCCAAGGCCUUCACCGACGACUGCGACGUCCUGAGCGAGAUCUGCGCCACUUUGGCCCGGCUUUCCGUCCGGAAUGAGUUUUGCCAGGACAUCGUGGACUUGGGAGGACUGAACUUCAUCGUGGCCUUGCUGGCCGAUUGCAUAGACCACCAGGACCUGGUGAAGCAGGUGCUGAGCGCCAUCCGUGCCAUUGCGGGCAACGACGACGUGAAGGACGCCAUUGUCAACGCCGGCGGGACCGACCUCAUUGUGCUGGCCAUGAGCCGCCACCUUGGGAGCCCCCAGGUAUGUGAGCAGAGCUGUGCGGCGCUCUGCAUGCUGGCCCUGCGCAAGCCCGAGAACUGCCGGGUCAUCAUGGAAGGGGGCGGGGCCUUGGCGGCACUCCAGGCCAUGAAGACACACCCCCGGGAGGCUGGCGUCCAGAAGCAGGCCUGCAUGCUCAUCCGCAACCUGGUAGCGCACAGCCAGGACUUCUCGCAGCCCAUCCUGGAUCUGGGGGCCGAAACCCUCAUCGCAGAGGCCCGGGCCGCCCACCGGGACUGCGACGAUGUGGCCAAAGCCGCCUUGCGAGACCUGGGCUGCAAAGUGGAGCUGCGCGAACUCUGGACCGGGCAGAAGGGAAGCCUGGCCCGUUGAGACCCCGACAACCUCCCCAAAAAAACAUGGGGAAUAUUAAUCCCAAAAUGCUGUGCUUUGGACUCCGGGUCCCAUAAUCCCCCCUCUUUUGUGUGCGGCGACUCCCAUCGUCCGCAAAUAAGGUUUGUUCCAAAAGACUUGCCAGAGAAUGAGCGAGGGCGAAAAAGGGACUCCUGUACCUUUAAUUGUGAGAUACCUGUCACUGUGAGAUGCUGCGAAAAGGGGCUCCUGUACCUUUAAUUGUGAGAUACCUGUAAUUGUGAGCUAAUUGUAAGAUCAUGUGAAAAGAG